AUGGCUUAUGUACGUGAAGAGAGGAAUGAGAUGCCCAUGUACAAGGGUGAGUUCCAGCGAGCAGCCAAGCGCCGGCCAAUCCGGGAGGUGUUACCUAUCCCAGCGCUUCGCAGCCCACCAGCUGGCCACCAGGGCAGCAGCAUCGAAGAGGCUUUCGCCUCUGAUCCGCGCCAGCUGCCUCCUGAGGAGCGGCAAGUCUUCCGGUGGCAAGGUGGAGAAACAGCUGGCCUGGAGCACCUGCGAAAUUACAUCGAUUCUGGACAGCUUGCAAGCUAUCGUGGAGCCACAGAGUCCUUCGCCCAUGGCGAGGACAAUCCAGUGAACUCAGGAACUCGCCUGAGUCCUUGGCUCGCCUUUGGCUGUCUCUCUGCCCGCAUGGUGGUGAAAGAGGCGCGGGAGUACGAGCGCAAGCACGGCAAGACUAGCUCGGGCAAGGGUAUUGGAAAGAUCGGUUCCACAGGAACCCGCCUUCACACAGAGCUUCUCUUUCGCGACUUCCUGCGCUUCUCUGCUCUCGCCUGGGGGACAUCGCUCUUCAAAAUUGGAGGGCCGUUCCACGUGAAGGGCCUGGAAUGGAGUCAUGACAUGGAGCUUUUCCAGAAGUGGCGAGAAGGAAACACAGGUUUUCCUUUUGUAGAUGCCGGCAUGCGUGAGCUGGCAGCCACAGGUUACAUCUCUCACCUCCACCGGCAAUGCUGCGCAGCGUUCCUGGUGCGAGAUUUGCGGCUGGACUGGCGAAUGGGUGCAGAGCACUUUGAGUCUUGCCUGCUAGACCAUACGCCUGAUGCCAAUUGGGGAAACUGGGCCUAUCGCAUUCUGCAGCGGCCAUGCCUGGUGGAGACCCGCGCCAAGUACCCAGUGGAAGAGCACGUCACGACUGUUGAGGUGGUCGCCUGGCCCGCAGUCCAUGACGCUCGCUUGGAUCACACGCUGCGCUGGUGCCCAGAGCUCUCUGGGCUCUCCAAGGACUUGGCACGUGAGCCCUGGCUCCUCGACACGGUCCCAGAUCGUCGCAUCUCCAUCAAGCCAUACAAGGACUCGCCCUUGUGGUUCUGCGCGGCAAACCGCACAAACUGGGAUUACGAGUAUUUCUGGCUACCUGGCCAUGCUUGGACAGUGAAGCCUGGCAAGAGCGAGGUUCAGCGGAGUGACUUCCAGCUGGGCAAGGACUACCCAAGGCCCCUGGUUCCGCCACUGAACGUGGAGCUGGACCUGGAUGCUCUGCCAGUGAAAUUCCACGGCUGGGGAACUGAGCCGGCCGUGCGGCGCCACGUUUGGGGAGGCCGGAAGCAGGGCCGACCACCGACCCGUUCGGACGAGCAGUCAGAAGCAGGGGCACCGGAAGCGAGGCCCCGUUGGGAGGCCAAUGGCAAGGGGAAGGGCACCGGAAAGAGAGGUGGAAAGGGCAAAGGGCACCAACCGUUUUAUCCUGAGUCCGGGGCUGGGUGCCAGAACCAGUGGCAGAAGAGAAGGCGCGAAGCUGACUGGCGAGCGUGA